AUGCCUUCUUAUCGUUUGGAGGAAGCCUCUUCCGGCCGAGCCGGCUGCCAAAACAAGGAAUGCAAAGAUGCCAAGGUCAAGAUCCUCAAGGGCGAACUUCGCCUCGGCAGCUGGGUCGAUUCGGAGCGUAUCCAGACUUUCUUCUGGAGACACUGGGGCUGUGUCACACCUAAGAUCAUCGCCAACCUCAAAGAGAAUGUUGAGGAGGGUGGCGAUGAGAAUGACCUUUCUGUCUUGGAUGGAUUUGAGGAUCUCCAGCCUGAGCAUCAGGAGAAGAUCCGUAAGGCCUUGGAACAGGGUCAUGUUGAUGAUGAGGAGUGGAAGGGUGAUGUUGAGAUGAAUAGACCCGGUAAGACUGGGUUCCGUGUGCGCGGUAAGAAGAAGGAUGCCGCUGCUGCUGACGCCGAGGAUAAGGAAAACGCCUCCGGCGAAGAAAAGGAGGCCACUCCUCCCAAGAAACGCGGCCGUGGCCCAGCAAAGAAAGACACCGCCGAAGACGAAGCAGAGAAGCCCGCGGCCAAGAAGGCCAAAAAGGGAGGCCGUGGCAAGGCAGCUGCUGCUCCCGCCCCCGCCGAAGAGGAGCAGGAACAGGAUGCUGCCCCCGCUCCCGCUCCCGCUGAGGAGGCUGAAGCUGCCGAAGCUGCACCUGCUGAUGACGCCGAGGAGGCCGAGGAACCUGCUCCCGCUCCCGCGGCCAAGGCCAAGCAGCCUGCUAAGAGAGGCCGUCCUGCUAAGGCUCCAACUGAUGAAAAGAAGGCAGACAAGCCAGCCCCCAAGCAAAACAAGCGCAAGUCCGCUGGCGGUGACGAAGAGCCCAAACCCGCCGCCGCUGAAGAGGAGAAGCCCAAGCGAAGCCGCCGAGCCGCCGCCACUGCAGCAGCAAAGAAGGUCAAGGAAGCCGAGACCGACGAAGAAGACGUCGAAGAGGAGAAGCCCAAGAGAGGCCGCAAGAAGAAGUCUACCUAA